CUGAUGUGGAGCAGCGGCAUCUCGGGCACAAUCGCCGCCGUCUCGGGGAUGCUGGGGAAGCUCUCCUCUGACGAUAAUGCGUCGCUGAUUCAAGACAUUCAAUCAUUCUGCCAGUCGCAUCAGCAUGAGGCAUAUCCUUGGUUGAACUGCACCUGGGCCAUGCGUGUUGUGCACGUUGUAUUCUUCGCCGCCAUGUUGGUGUCAAACGCUGUCAUGCUGAGUUUCUUUGUCCGGGGGCUCCAUGAGACUGACUCUUUGACAGCGACCAUCACAAGCUCUGCAUCGAACUUCGUCACGACGGCCUUGGUUGGGUACCUCGUCUUUCACGAGCACUUGCCGUUGCAAUGGUGGGCCGGUGCAAGCAUCAUUCUCCUUGGCAUGGGGCUUCUACUGCACGGCGCCAAGGACGAUCAUGAAACGAAUGAGAAAAAGUCCAUGUAACUCGAGCUGUUGUGUAUUCAGCCAGGUCC